UAAGGUGGAUUGUCUAACUUAAGUUCUUCUCUUCCUUUUUUUUCCCCCUCCAGUCAUUCAUGGAUUUGCAGUUUCCAAAUGGUCAGUUAACCUAUGUGUCUGGUGAGGGCAUAUCCACUAGUACGUUCUUACCUUUUUGUGGUGGCCUGCUUCAAGCUCAAGGCCAAUAUCCAGGCGAGAUGAAGUUCAGUUUCUCUUGCAAGAACAAAUGGGGAACACGCAUCACACCAACUGUACAGUGGCCUGACAAAUCAUUCACAAUGGGUCUUGCUCAAGCUUUAGCUUGGAAGAGAUCUGGUCUUAUGGUGAGGCCAACCAUACAAUUCAGUGUAUGCCCAACAUUUGGUGGAAGCAAUCCUGGGUUACAGGCUGAACUAAUUCAUUCUGUGAACGAGGAGUUGAGUCUGAUUUGUGGUUGUGCUUUCAUGUCACAUCCUUCUGCAUUUGCAUCA